AAAUGCAUAGGUUUAAUUGCCGAGAAAUCAAAUAUCACCAUUCCAAAGCUUGACUUGGCUGCUUCACGACACAACCGACACAGCUUGUAGGGAGGCACCGACCAUGCGAAUAACGGUUUCAGAGGAAUUUCAUUUCUUGUUUCUUCUUAUUUCUUACGGAAUCUCCAGCUCUACCUAUAUUCGUGGGUUUAAAAUGCUAUCGGGGCCCUGGCCAUGCUACAUGCAAUUUAUUCCUCAAACAUCACAGCGUUCUGAUGCGCAUAUUAAAACGCAGAUGAUUCAAACGUCUCCCAAUGUCGACAACAGUUGGUUAAAUGGAAUGCGAUCCUUAGCAGCGAGAUAGAGCGUCAAAACAUCUUAUAACGCCUGCAAAAUGAGAGCCCUAGAAAGGAAAAUGCGAGACCUCUGGAAAUCUC